UCGGUUCACUGAUUAGCGGGGCCGUAGUGUACGUUAGUGUCUCUGUCGCGCCCAAAUCACCAACGAAAAUGAUAAAUUUGUAACCUAGAAUUCAAUUCUCGCUCUGUUUUGAAUCUCUCUCUGCGAAUCAAAGAGCUUCGUUUGGUACUCAAUUCAACCAUUUCAGACAGGUUUAAUGGACCACAUUGUUGCUGAAAAUGGAAGUCACCAAGUUGAACUACUUUCUGCAAUUAAUGAUUACCAUGGAGGUGUCAUAGUGGAAAUGAAGGAGCCUAUGGAUUCCAAUGUCUUCCUCGUUCUGCUUAGAGCAUCAUUAUCACAGUGGAAGCGACAGAACCCAAGUGGCACAGACAUGAAUAUGAUACAACACAGAUGCAUCAAUAUCAGUAUUACAAAUCCUAAAAAGGGCAAGAGGGGUGUUUGGAUUAAGUUGCCCAUUGAACUUGCAAAUCUAGUUGAAACAGCAGUAAAGGAGGGAUUCUGGUACCACCAUGCCGAGCCUCAAUACCUUAUGCUUGUUUACUGGAUUCCUGCAACUGCUAAUACUAUCCCUGCAAAUGCUACACAUCGAGUAGCUGUUGGUGCUAUUGUCAUGAAUGAUAAAAGAGAGAUGCUCGUAGUCCAGGAAAAAAGUGGCAGACUCCGAGGAAGAGGUGUAUGGAAGAUCCCUACGGGAGUUGUGGAUGAGGGUGAAGACAUCUCUGCAGCAAUAGAAAGAGAAGUAAAAGAAGAAACGGGUAUUGACGCAAAAUUUGUGGAAAUACUAGGAUUCAGGCAAUCCCAUAAGGCAUUCUUUGAGAAGUCCGACUUAUCCUUCCUGUGCAUAUUGCAUCCAUCAUCCUUCGACAUCCAGAAGCAAGAAUUAGAGAUCGAGGCAGCCCAGUGGAUGCCAGUUGAAGAAUAUGCAGCUCAACCUUUUGCUCAGAAACACGAUCUUUUCAAGUAUACUUCAAAAUUAUGCUUAGCGAAGGUAGAUAGGAUAUAUAAUGGAUUUUCUCCGGUGCCAAUAACAUCGUUUUUUGGUGAUCGGUUAAGUUACCUCUAUUUGAACAACCAUGACCUGAACCAGUAAAAUUCCACUAUUCAUCCUAGACAAUUGGGGUUAAUUAUUUUAUCAAUCAUUUUCUUUGUAACAAUAAAUCAAUCGAUUUGUUGGUGUCUAAUUAUUCCUCAUCACUCUAGGUUAAUAAUGAAUUGAUAAUAUGAUUUAUAGUUAUUAAUGUAUUGUUUGUUAUUGUCACUGGCCUGACAUGGAAUAUAAGUCGGUAUUUUGCUUACAA